AUGAACACGGAUGGAAAAGUUAGUUGGGAGGAGAUUGUUGAUUCUAGGCUAGAGGGUAAGUGUGACUUUCAAGAGCUCAAUGAAGUCGCGGCCCUUGCCUACAAGUGCAUCAACUGUGCUCCGAGGAAGCGGCCGUCCAUGAGGGACAUCGUGCAGGUGCUGACGAGGAUUGCGAAGUCUCGGCACCGCAGGAAUCAUCACCACCACAAAAAGUCCUUGUCAGCAACAACAGCAGAUGAAGUUUCCAUUGAUGUUGAUAAUCAAGACACCAAGGUUACUGCUGUUUCUCAACACAGGAGAGAAGAGUCUAUAGAUAGUGCAGCUGACAUGUAUGAUGUGUAGAAUAUUGUUUUUUUUUUUUUGCAUUUAUUUUUGUGUUAUAUUUUCAGUUUUGAUGUUUGGCUUUGGAUAUAUAAUCAUGGUCUUAACUAGACAUUUUAGUCCUG